AUGUCUGGAAACUGUGGCAGAGGGGAGAGCUGCCAAUUCCUACAUUCAUGGUGCCGUGGUGAUGGGUUCUCAAUGCUAGCAAGACUAAUUGAAGAAAGGCAUGAUGGUGACAAGUCUAUUUCUGGGAUUGGGUUCCCUGCAGGAUCCGACAAACUCUAUUCAGCAACCAGUGGAGUGGUGUGUGCUUGGGAUUGCCAUACUGGUUUGCUUGCAGGGACUGCAAAUGUUAGUGACCACAGGAUUGGAUGUUUGAUUAGCGAUGAAGAUUGGGUGUUUGUUGGUUUCCCCAGUGGUGUCAAAGCAUGGAACUUCAAGUUAGGGGUUUAUCAUGACCUCACUGGUCCAAGUGGUCAAGUUAAUGCCUUGGAGUUUGGGUUGGAGACCUUGUACGCUGGAUUUGAAGAUGGUACAAUUUCGGUUUGGAAAGGCUUCACUGAUCAGCAAGCCAAUCCACAAUUUCAGCAGCCUGCUACUUACCUGAGAGGCCAUGGAAGUGCAGUUACUUGCCUGAGAGCUACCAUAAAUGGCGAAUUGUAUAGAAGAUUGUAUUCUUGUUCGGUGGAUGGGACCAUCAAGGUCAAGUUCUGGGGUUGCACUGAAGAUGACAGUGAUGACAUAAGCCUUUUGUACAUACAUGGAGAGGAAAGUGCUGCACUUGCUCUUGGUGGGAUGAAUGAUUCUGCAGGAAAGCCAAUCUUGUUCUGUUCGUGGAGCAACUGUAGUGUUGGGUUGUACGAGUUGCCAACACUCAAAGAGUUUGGAAGGAUUUACUCACAGAAGGAAGUAAGAGCAAUUCGAAGUGGGCCUGAAGGCUUGUUUUUCACAGGGGAUGCAAGCGGCGUGGUCAGCGUGUGGAAGUUGUUGGCAGAAGUUACCAGUAGUGGAGCGUAA